AUGUAUGUGUUACUAAAUUUGUAUAUUAUUUUUUUAACGCGAUUUUCCAGUUCCUCGAUAUACAGAAACUGGACUUCCAUCGCUAAAUCGAAUUUUAAGAAGGGAAAGGAGACUUACAAGUUAAUUAUAAACAACUUGCGAGAGAAGGAAAACGACUGUAUGUCCCUACUAUCCAACGAUAAACACGUUACUGAAAACUUCCCUAUCGAUUUAGAUUACAUUCAUAAUUCCACUGAUCCUUAUCCUUGCCUUACACAAUUUAACAGAAUUGGAGAUAAAUUUGAUAUUGACGAUGAGGGUGUGGAAGUGGAUGACAUGAGUUAUAGCAAGAUAAUUAACGAGGCAGGGUGUUGGAAGUAUGUUUUGGGAGAGAUCAACACCCUUGAUGUUGACAGUUGUGACCUAAAGGGAGACGCCUCUAGGUCACUUAUCGCACUUGCAAAGACCAAAUGUCACUUUUUAAGAGCUAACAGGAAGUUCCCAACUAAGGAACAAGGCUGUAUACUAAACCCCUCUAAAUUCACACCUGGCCAAUUAAAUAAGUAUUUAUCCCCUAAUCCUGAUAAUACAGAAGAUAAUAACUCUGAACAAGAGUACAGAAUAAACCCAUGUCGAGAAGAUUAUAAAGGAAAUGAAUGUGAGAAGUUAAAGAGAAUAAUAGUAUCGCACUGCACUGACCCCUCAGUCAUGUCAGAAUCUGCUUUUCAGAUGUAUCAUUCUGAUCUAAACCACAUCGAUAAUAUAUGUUUUUAUUUGCAAUCUGGUGACUGGAAUCAGAGAACUGAAAGCAAUAUUAAUAAAUUGGCCGAUUCUGCUAAUCACAUGGUAGACGUUUAUAAUACUUUUAAGGACCAAUUUGAAAUCUUGAACAACAAGCAAAAUGAACAACUAAAUAAGGCCGAAAAGCGUUAUUGCCACUUCUUUCGAAUUCGCAGCCAACUCAAGAUGGAAAGUUCUUACAUGUACUGUACUAUCACUACAUGGCCACUUAUAUAG